GAAGAAGAGUAAAAGAAUGAAAACCAUCCACAAAAAUUCGAUCGGCUGUGGUCCAUUUUGCUGCUCAGUGAUUUAAUUUUUUCUUCCGAAACAGACAAAAAAAGUGUUUCCAAGUCAUUCCAGCUUCUUCGUAAAUUGUAGCUCAUUGCUUCGUGGGAGGUUCUCAGCAACACCAGCAAAAAUGGACGAUUUAAUCACUUUGAUUCGAACGGAAAUUCCUGAGGGACGGCAGAACCUCCAGGAAAGUUAUACCAACUUGGAACGGGUGGCCGAAUACUGCGAGGACACUUAUUACCGUUCUGACAAUAAAAAAGCUUCCCUGGAGGAAACGAAAAACUACACAACUCAGUCAUUAGCCAGUGUCGCCUAUCAGAUCAACACGUUGGCGUACAACUUUCUCCAGUUGAUGGAUCUACAGGCCACCCAGAUGGCCGAAAUGGAAUCCCAAAUGAAUCACAUAUCGCAAACGGUGAUGAUCCACAAGGAAAAGGUGGCCCGGAGAGAGAUAGGCGUCCUAACGGCCAAUAAAGUCAGCACAAGGCAGUACAAGAUCGUUGCCCCAUUGAACCCGGAGAAACCCAUCAAGUAUGUCCGGAAGCCGAUCGAUUACGGCUUACUAGAUGAAAUCGGUCACGGAAUUGCGUUGACCAACAAUAAUCAAAAGAAGCAUCGCAUUUCAAGCCAGGGAUCGGUCCAAUCCCUAUCGGUUAACAAUAUUUCAGUUGGUCCACCUCCAACCACCAAACCGCCAACUCCUCCGCAGAUGACCCGAAGUGCUGGCCACACCGGGACGCUUGGCAAGAACGCAAGCAAUACGGGCACGCUGGGCAAAUCAUCCAGAGAGUAUCGUACUCCACCGGUGGUGAUUCCGCCGCAGGUUCCAUCGCAUUACGCUCCGAACUUCCCAGUGGGGCAUCCGCGUCGUACAUCCGGAUCCGGUGGUGGUGGUGGUGCGGAACGUGGCCCAGGCUAUAGUGCUCUUCCGAUGCCCAUGCCACCCAGCCAGAUUGCAAUGCAUCAUCCACCGCAAAUAGGAAUGGUCCAUCCGAUGGCGACCACCCAGCAUCAGUCGACAUUCGACGAGCGCAACAGCAUGCCAC